UACCCUUCAGAUACCGGGCAGAAAAAGACCCUCGAGAAGAAAGAUGGGCGACGGAUGUCCUUUCAGAAGCCAAAGGGGACCAUGGAGUACACGGUGGAAUCCAGGGAUUCGUUGAACAGCAUUGCCCUGAAGUUUGACACAACACCAAAUGAGCUGGUUCAGCUGAACAAGCUUUUCUCCAGAGCUGUCGUACCUGGACAACUGCUGUAUGUCCCUGACCCAGACUACAUUUCCAGUGUGGAGAGCUCCCCGUCCCUCAGUCCCAUAAGUCCUCUAUCUCCAACCUCAUCAGAAGUGGAGUUUGAGAAAACAAUUGACCCACAAGGCCCUCACCACAAGGAAUCCACAUCCACCCCUUCCUACUCAUCGAUCCGUCCUUCCAGGGUGGUCUCAUCCACAUCGGAGGAAGAAGAAGCUUUUACAGAGAAGUUUCUGAAGAUUAACUGCAAGUACAUAACUGAUGGAAAGGGCUCGGUCAGUGGCGUACUUCUGGUGACGCCAAAUAACAUCAUGUUUGAUCCGCAUAAGACUGAUCCUCUAGUGCAGGAGAAUGGCUGUGAAGAGUACGGCAUCAUGUGCCCAAUGGAGGAGGUGACAUCGGCUGCUAUGUAAACAAAGAAAUAGUCAAUAGCAAAUUGAAGGAUAUUCCUGUAGAUGUAGAACAGCUGACCAGUAUGAGAGAUUUCUGCAACUUUAAGAAAAUUUCUCAAAUUAAUGCUCAGGAAUUAGAUACAAAAAUGUGGGAUACUGGAAACGACAGUGCCAGCACUGCUCCCCGCAGCACUGAGGAGUCCUUGUCAGAGGACGUUUUCACAGAAUCUGAGCUGUCUCCUAUUAGAGAAGAGGUGCAUUCUUCUGAUGAGCUGCGACAGGACAAAUCCUCAGGUGCAUCCUCUGAAUCUGUUAAGACAAUCAACCAACUAGCAGGAGAAUGUUGCACAACAAACACUUCAGACUCCCCGGAUGCUUUGCAUGAAAAAGGCAAUGGCGAGCCUUCAGCCAAUGACAGUGGGAUUGCCAGCAAUGCCAAUGAUUUGGAAAAGAGUGACGCUUCCAUUAAGGUAGGUGAAGACUUGGAUAAAGUAUCCGAAACAUCUGCUGAAUUACAAGCCAGUAUGGAGCUAGAGGAAAUGGAAGGUACAGGGAACAAAUGCAAAGAGGACAAACAAGGGUCGGACAGUGAAAAUAAAUCCUGGGAUCAGAGUAUUGAUAAAGAGGAAUCUGAACCUGGAAACCAAGGAGAGGAA